AAAUGGGCUUCUCGGUGUUACUAAACUCCUCUAUAGCCUCUGGGUUCGCUUGGUACAAAGUUAAAUACUCCGUAUAUAAGCAAUCUUACAAACAAAUUAGUCUUGACAAAGGUGAAUUAUAUGAUGAGAAUGUAAAAAAAAGUACUCCGUAGUGUACUCAAUUGAAGCGUUUUGCUCUUUUGCUUUUGAUUAAUUCUGAAAAACCCGAAGAGACUUCCUCCGGAGCUACUACUUCAUCGUGGCUGUGGUUUCCCUUCAGAGCAUCAACUCAGAACUUCAUAAUUUGCAUGAGCCGUAACUCAUAAAGUAAGUUCGGCACCUCAAAUCUUGGAAUGAUUGCAUGACGCAUUGCUAUCUUCACUUCUGAAACUUCAAGAUUAUCGUGACUUCUGUAUUUGCGUAACGGCCAGUCUGGAUUGUGUGUUAGCAGGUGUUUGUAAUGAAAGCGUGUUUAGUUUAAUACUUUAUACCCAACGUUCUUCCCCAUUCUUCUUCCGCAGCGGGCAGAGAGCCGGUUCUCCUACUUCACCUCUUGGGACUCUUCAUCCAGCAGAGACUGUUCUUCUCCAGAGAUGACAGCUUGUAUCGAGUGUCAACAGAAUUGUUUAUGUAUUCAUGGCCAACACAAUCCAACUCCAGCUAUCACUUCUUUCUUCAAAGUCAUGAUCAGCAAUGACUUCUUGGAAACACUGUAUCUGCCUCCAAAAUUUGCUCGAGCUACAUCCUGUUUGACUGAUCAAGAAAUCUAUCUUGAGGACUCUGUUGGAGUUAAAUCAAAAGCUACGGUUUCAAAGUGUAACGGUUCACUGGCUAUCCAUCAGGGAUGGCACCAAUUCUCAUUGAACCAUAACAUUGAGAAGGGGGACUUUUUGCUGUUCUAUUUCUUCACAAGGCCAGCAAAACACUUUGUCGUUCACAUAUAUGGACGGAAUGCUUGUCCCAAAACCAAUAGCUCACUGGGACGAGGCGAGGUUGGGGGCACACAUGUGGAUUCAGCGAACGAAGAAAGUCCUGGUGCUUUACAUUGCCAGCCAUUAGCAACACCAUGUGCUCCAAUCAUUGAUGGAGGUCAUAAUGGCAAAGAAUCUUGUCCAGCUGUAGAUUUGAAAGAGCCGUUUCAUAUGACUGAGCAAGAGACUGAACCAAAUGACCCACCAAGCAGUUUUACAACAACCAGAAAUGAACUCCAUAAAGAAUCUCAAUUUGAUGGACAAAGUGGUUGUCUUAAAACCAGCUCUGAUGCACCACUCACAAACAGAAGUAACAAAAGGGCGCGGACUGACAAUAGCUCACUAGGGAGAGGAGAGGUUGGGGGCAUACAUGUGACUUCAGUGAACGAAGAAAGUCCCAGUACUCCAGAAAACAGUAAUUGCCAGCCAUUGGCAAUAGUAUGUACGCAGAUCAGUGAUGAAAUUCAUAAAGAGAAAAAAUCUUGUCCACCUUCUAUGGAUUUGGAAGAACCGUUUUAUAUGACUGAACAACAGACUGGAUGCAGACAAGAAAGAAAUAGAGACAGGAAGAACCUGUCACGAUUUGAAAUGUUGGAAACAUGGACCACAGGUGGAAAUAACUAUGGCUUAAAGGGUAAAGGUGUACCUUCCGAUCCUUUUCAGCAAGAAAUGCAGUUGGAAAAGGAUGCACGUUCUAGGAAUGGUAAUGUUUUCAUCCCAACUAAGAAAGAACCAAGUGAUCCUCCAAGCAGCUUUGAUCCUCCAAGCAGCUUUACAAUGACAAAAAAUGAACCACGUAGAAAAUAUCAAAUUGAUAGGAAAAUGAAAUCACAAGAGAAGGAACCGAUGCAAACGAGAUCACAAGGUGCAAUGCUAUCAAGAUCGAAAGUGGCAGCGAGCAGGCUUGCUGAAAGGAAUGAUGUUGUCUAUUUAGGAGAAGCCUUUCACGGAGAGUCAGAAAGUGAAAAACCCAUAGUAAUUAAGGAGGAACUAAUAGAAUAUUUAUCAGAAGACAUGGGCAAAAAUCUGAACACGACAAACAGCUACCGUAAAACAUUAAAAAGGGAACCUGUGGAUGCAGAAGAUAUUCCAGCAUCUGUUGCAGUCUCUAGAGAUUCGUAUUCGGUGCUGGUUGGCAGCCGUGAUUUUCUUGAAUUACCAGACUGUUGGCCGAAAACUGAAAGGAAAGAAAAUGACAUCAUAUUUCUUAGAGACGCGGCAAAGAGAGUUUGGCCAGUUAUGUUAUGUAGGAAGAAGCAUUAUACUGUCUUAGCAAGUGGUUGGAAAGAGUUCAAAGCUGCUAAUGAGCUUAGACCAGAAGACAGUUGCCUUUUCAAUCCCCAAAAGAGGAAUGCAUACAUUGUUGAUAUUAGGCGUAAGGAGGAUGUCGAAGGAACCAUUGCUCCAGAAUUUGACCUCCGGAGAAGCCCCCCCAAGCUUAGUGCAUUCUGUCCCCGCAGCUAAUAGGCCCAUACCGAAGUACGGUUGGAUGUGUCAAUCCUCCUGAUUAAAAGGCUGUUGAAGUUCCAAUAUGCUAUCUUGUCACAAAGAUUAAUCAAAUCAGAAAAAAAAAUGGUUGAAAGUGUAUUAAAAGUUUGAAUUUGUGGAGUGUUUGCCGUGGCUUUUAGAUUUUUCUUCAUAUAACUGGGCAUUGCUUCUUUUUCUUCACCAAUCUAAUUAUGUUUUGUUUCUUAGGCUGUAAAUUAGGAGGUGCAGGGUUAUGCAACACACCCCUACAACCGGUUGUACGAUAAAUAAAUGGAGAGACUGUAAAAAUUUUAUUCAUUCUCAUUUUAGCGUUGUCUUUUGUUUGUCUUA